AUGUCAAACAUCGGAGUAUUUACCAACCCCAAACAAGAACUUUACGUCGGUCCUUGCGAACCUGCUAAUGCCGAAGUUGAACUCAAACCAUCUGAAGUGCUCCUGCGCGUCCGGGCUACUGGAAUUUGUGGUUCUGACGUGCAUUUCUGGAAAGAAGGCCGCGUCGGAGAUACAAUGGUGGUGCGAGAUGAACACAUUUUGGGGCACGAGUCUUCUGCAGAUGUUUUGAAAGUGGGUUCCGCAGUGAAAAACUUGGCCGUAGGGGACCGUGUAGCAAUUGAACCCGGCAAGCAGUGCUUAACUUGCGAUCAGUGCCUCCAUGGUCACUACAAUGGAUGCGAACAGGUAGAAUUCAAGUCUACCCCUCCUUUUCAGGGUCUAUUGAGGCGAUUGGUUGUCCACCCGGCCCGAUUGUGUCACAAGAUCAGCGACAGAAUUUCGUAUGAGGAGGGUGCAUUGCUCGAGCCAAUUUCUGUCGGUUUAGCUGGUAUCAGACAAGCAGAACUUGAACUUGGUGAUUCGGUCGUGGUUUGUGGUGCUGGGCCCAUUGGAAUAGUAUGUGCUAUUUUGGCGCGUGCUGCUGGUGCUGCUCCUCUUGUUAUCACCGACAUCAACCAACAUCGUCUCGAAAUGGCAUCAAGGCUUGUUCCGAAUAUCCGCACGGUUAAAGUGGAGCCAAAUGAUGAUCCUCAGCUAACGGCGAAGAAAAUUAUUGCUGCUGCCAAUGGCGUCAAAAUGAAGGUCGCCCUUGAGUGCACUGGAUUUGAGCAAAGUAUUGCAGCUUCAAUUUAUUCGCUUCAAUUUAAAGGCGUUUGUGAGAUCAUUGGUGUAGGCAAAGAUCACAUCAAUCUUCCAUUUAUGCACGCCAGCGUCAACGAAAUCACGAUCAGAGGCCUGUUUAGGUAUGCCAACACUUGGCCUACUGCUAUUCGUCUUCUAGAGAACAAGCUCAUUGAUAUUCAGGGCCUUGUUACUCAUAGACUCCCACUUGAAAAGGGUGUUGAAGCGUUUGAAAUCGCGAGCAACCCUUCUUCCAAUUCGAUCAAGGUGAUCAUCUUCAACGACAAUAUUUCGUGA